AUGAAGAGCCUUUUGCCUCUGAGUUUGCUUUUUAUAACAUUUUCCUCUGCAUUYCCUGCAGAUCGAGAGGCUGAAAAUGAGGAAAACAUGCACCUGGCUCAGGCAUAUCUCAACCAGUUCUACUCUCUUGAAAUAGAAGGGAGUCAUCUUGUUCAAAGCAAGAACAGGAGUCUCCUAGAUGGCAAAAUUCGUGAAAUGCAAGCGUUUUUUGGAUUGACGGUGACGGGAAAGCUGGACUCACGAACUCUUGAGAUCAUGAAGACACCCAGGUGUGGGGUGCCCGAUGUGGGUCAGUAUGGCUACACUCUCCCUGGAUGGAGAAACCACAACCUCACAUACAGAAUAAUGAACUACACUCCAGAUAUGGAAAAAGUUGAUGUGGAUGAGGCCAUCCAAAAAGCUUUAGAGGUAUGGAGCAAGGUUACUCCGCUAACAUUCACCAGGAUAUCCAAGGGGAUUGCAGACAUCAUGAUUGCCUUUAGGAGAAGAGUGCACGGUCGGUGUCCUCGCUAUUUUGAUGGCCCCUUGGGAGUUCUUGGCCAUGCCUUUCCACCUGGCCUGGGUCUGGGUGGCGACACUCACUUUGAUGAGGAUGAAAACUGGACAACCAAGGACACAUCCGGGUUCAACUUGUUUCUCGUGGCUGCUCAUGAAUUUGGUCACUCCUUGGGGCUCUCUCACUCCAAUGAUCAAACAGCCUUGAUGUUCCCGAAUUAUGUCUCCAUGGAUCCCAGCAAAUACCCACUGUCUCAGGAUGAUAUCAAUGGAAUUCAAUCCAUCUAUGGAGGUCCACCUAAGGCACCUGCCAAACCACGGAGGCCCAUGGUACCUCAUGCCUGUGACCCUGGCUUAACUUUUGAUGCUAUCACCACCUUCCGCAGAGAAGUAAUGUUCUUUAAAGGCAGGCACUUAUGGAGGAUCUAUUACGAUAUCGCCAAUGUUGAAUUUGAAUUAAUUGCUUCGUUUUGGCCAUCACUACCAGCUGAUCUUCAAGCAGCAUAUGAGAACCCCAAAGAUAAGAUUCUGGUUUUUAAAGAUAAAAACUUCUGGGCAAUCAGAGGGUAUGCGGUCUUGCCAGAUUAUCCCAAGUCCAUUCAUACACUUGGCUUUCCAAGACAUGUGAAGAAAAUUGAUGCAGCAGUCUGUGACCAAAGCACCAAAAAAACCUACUUCUUUGUGGGCAUUUGGUGCUGGAGGUACGAUGAGAUGACCCAAACCAUGGACAGAGGGUACCCACAGAGAGUGGUAAAACACUUUCCAGGAGUUGGUCUCCGUAUUGGUGCUGCUUUCCAGCGUAAUGGGUUCUUCUAUUUCUUCCGUGGAUCAAAGCAAUUUGAAUAUGACAUUAAAGCAAAGAACAUAACCCGGAUAAUGAGACCCAAUACUUGGUUCAAGUGCAAAGAACCAUUAGACUCAUCAUUUGAUAUUAGUAUCAAGGAGCAAGCACAUUCAGGAGGAGUAAAGAUAUCAUAUGAUAAAAGAUUAAGCUUGCUUAUUUUCAUUAUUGUUCAUCUGCUGAGAAAAAUAUAUAAUUAUUGA